AAGCGUUACCUAGCGACUUGUACCAAACAAUAUGGCGACCCAGUGAGUGCAGCAUGAGCAGCCCUUUAUUUACUCUGGGAAGACCCCGUAAAACCAGAAUAGCAUUGGCCCAGCAGAGUUACAGCGGGGGGCAAAAACAGGCGCACGAAACACCUUUGCAGGCUUUGGCUCGCUGUGACGAUGGGAGCAGGACCUCUGCGACUCUGGAACUAAUAAGGGAACCUGACAUACCCAUGGCAGGGCAGUUGUCGAAACCUCAGAUUAAAUCGCCGAACCAGUUACCUGCGCUUGAAUCCCCUGGAAGACGAGCUGCACCAUUCAAAUCCAUGGCAUACUACACGGAAGAGGAGAUGAUGCUACUUGAAGGUCUCCCAUCAAACACCACAGGACCCACAAACAAAGGGAAUUACUCCCAUCUGGGGAAAGUUGUGCAGGGUUCGGCUCCCAGUGACUUUGACCUGCUAAAUUCUACAAUGAAGCGUUUAGGAGAGCUGGAAAGGAGGGUGCGGGCCCAGGAACAGGAGAUACAAUCAAAGGAUCAGGAAAUCAGAGACCUAGAAAAGAAAAUCAAAAGACUUCAACAGCUACAUUCAGGGAAUGCCACAAGUGGAAGGAGAGAACAGGAACUGGAACACCAGUGUAAGGAACUAAAUAAAAAAAUCUCUGAGAUGGAGCGUUUCCUUGGUGAUUAUGGACUGGUCUGGGUUGGGGAAAACAAUGCAGAUGUCUCACCUGAAUCCACUGCCAGAACAUGGAGCCCAGGACCUUCUUCACCUACUUCUUUCCUACCAGACUUUGAUCUAGUCCUGGAAAAUUUAAGAGAUUUGAAUGUACUUGGAGGUGAGGGAGAAUCGCAUAUUGAGUAUCAAAAGGGAGGGGCCCGUUUGAGAGCACCCGAGUCUGUCCCAUUGACUUUGUAUAAAAACGGGAUUAUUAUGUUCCAAGGGCCCUUUCGAUCCUACAAGGAAAAAUCCACACAGCUAUGUAUAAGAGAUAUCAUGGAUGGCUAUUUUCCCUCUGAACUGCAGGCCCGGUUUCCUAAUGGAGUCACAUUUCAGGUUACAGACAACCGCAAUGUAAUUUUCCAAGAGCAGCGGCGAUGGGAUGAUUUUCCUGGUUCUGGUCAGACUAUUGGGAGCUCAGGAAGUAAUUUACAAACUAACAAAAAACCAGGACCACAGCUUUCCACUGACCAGUUCUUGAAUAGACUGCCUAAAUCUGUAAUUCGUGGGGGUAGAAUUGUGCAUGUACGAAGUGCUGUAAGAGAAGCUCUGCAGGGGUCAGAAGAAAAUGAGAUGCCAAAAGAAAUCUUAGUGGAAUCUCCACAGCUAUCAAAAGAGCAGAGCACACAAGACAACAUGGUAGUGUCAACUUUAAGGAUCAGGUCUGAGUCUGGUGAUAAAACAUAUAAAGUGCGAAUGUUGUCUUCAGAAACCCUUGCCGACUUGCGAAAUUACUUGUCCUCGUGCCGGGCACCUGAUCUCUCCUCCUACAACAUUAUCACCCCUUUCCCUUACUGUGUGUAUGAAGAUGAUACAUGUACCUUGGAAGAGGUUGGCCUCGUCCCCAAUGCUUUUCUAGUUCUCAGAGCAAGAAGUGAGGAGGAACAAAAAAAGCAAUCAGUCUGAGGAAAAAAGAAAGAAUUUCAUUUAUGAAUCUAAAGAACAGAAGAAACAAAGGGGCGGUGAUCUUUUAUCUCUUCCUGAUGACUGUUCAACUUGAACUUUACAACAUGCACUUUUAUAUGGUAUAAUUCUACAACUAUACAUGACCAUAAAGGAACAAUAAACUAAUACUAACAGUUCUUUA